AUGAGUUUCAAGAAGAGUACUCGAUUGCCUGCUCGGAAUGGCAAUUCACACAGCACGGGCGACGGCAGCGUCCACAGCAAUGCAGACCUUGUAUCGCGAAGCUACGUCAAAGAAGGCAGCCAGAACGCAGCAGCCUAUGAAUUGGCAAAGCAAAAUUAUCACCGAUACCUUUCUGGGUUCCUGGUGUGGUAUGUGUACCACAGAAGAAAUCUAUAUCGGGUGCAGGAGAUGACGUCCCGAGAAUUAGCUGCCCGAGGCGUCUGGAAUUUCGACGCGGACGUAUACAAAUUGAUGAUGGAUGCAUACGCACCCCUCUUGUGGGGUCCUCCAGGCUACUUGGGCCCGGUGCUUAAGUCCAUCAUGGAAAAGACUCUCGCUGAGCUUAAAUGCCGGCUCAAUAAGGAUCACAUACCUCAGGACCGCUUCGGACAGUGGCAAGAGAAAGAAACCCACCUGGCUGAGCAUCGUCCGUUCCUCAACAAUGUCACGACGUCCCUUAAGAGAGCCAUCUCCAAUGGUACUCUAGAUGACAUGUCGAAUGAUCUGAAUGUUCUAUUCGACUCUGUUGAGGGUAAUGACAUGGAUGAAAAUGGCGAUUCGGAGGAAUACAAUAACCAGACCUUUAUUGACGAGAUGGGCACCUACGACGAGAUCAUGGAUUAUCUCGGAUCCGACAACAUUCGAGGCCCUACGAAGCCGGACGGACUUCCGUACGAAAUAUUGGAAUUUGUCCCGCAGAUGCCCGGAACCAACUUCAACUCUCGUAUCGACCGACUUAGAAUGGAUUUGAUAACUGAGGAAACACAGUGCGAGAUCAUAGCCCCCAAAGGCGACGACUCAAUCCUCGGAGGGCGUAACCUCCAAGAAUACUUGAGGAAUGAGCAGUUUAUCAAGGAGACGCUGGAAUUCAUCUUCGAGUUGCUGGCCCUCGACCCGGGGCUCUCGAGGACCCGCAUGCUCGACAUUGGGAAAUUGUUCCACUCCCUCCUCCUGGAGCCCUGGUAUUUUAAUCAUGGACACGGGGACAGGCAGGCUGGCGAGUCCGCCGAGGAAAACGAGCAGUUCAACAUGGAGCUCCGAGGGGCCGUCAUAGAUCUGGACAACGUGACGUUUAGAAUGCGACUUCACGAGAAUGGUUUCGCCAGCAAGUGGUGGGGCGAAAACUGCUUCCACGUUGUGAUCGACAACCCGAAUGUUGUCAGACCUGGAACAAUCGACCACGUCCAUUCCUCAGCUUGGAACCACUGGAGCCGCUUCUACAGCAAUUGGCUCCAGAUACUCGCCAACGUCGAGCUGAGCCAUUCGAAGCUGACCCAGGAGCAACUGGACGCCGAGGACAAUAAAUCCUGCCCCAUAUGCAUGGAGGACUACGUGGUCGGCAAUCCGAACAGCUGUGCGGUCUGGAUUGAAUGCGGAAACAACCAUACAUUGUGUAAAAAGUGCUACACACAGCUCAGCCUCACGCCGACGAGGCCCUACAACGAGUUGAUGACGACCAGGUACUGCCCACAAUGCCGACAAGAGUUGCAAUAUGAAGAAGACAUGAAUGAUCUCACGGACGGUCUCAACUUGAUGCCCUCGCUCAACACCGACUUUCCGUAUCACAACUAG